CACGCGAUCUGGGGGCCGGGCUCUCAAUUCCUUUCAUUUUCGACAGCAAAUGGGUCUAGUCGAGCAGUCUCAGUAUACUCAGCGUCCCAGCAGAGUUGAAAUUGACUGGGUCCAGAGGAAUGGCUCAGGUCAGUCAUCUGCAGAUAAUUGAUGAGAAGGACUUGCAAAAUGUAGUUUUGGUCAGAACGAGUGUUGGUGCGUGUUUGCGAGGACAUGUCGAAGGGACAGGACGCAAAGUGGCUGUCAAGUUAAUCAAGGACAGUAAGUGGAUUGACAGGUUAAAUAAAGUGUCAGGUCAGGUGUGCUCUGAGCGAAUACUACUCCCGUUGGGUGUGUACACAACUCACUCUCUAGUGGGGCUGGUGUGGGACUGGAUGACUGAAGGAUCUCUAGAUUCAAUACUGCAUGAGACAAACCUGUACCCAGAGCUUUCGGUGGCUCUUUGUCUUCGGAUCCUGUUGGAUGUUGCUGAAGGUUUAGCUCAUAUCCAUGCCAUUCCGCUGCCUCAUGGAGCCCUGAAAGCUACUAAUGUUCUUCUCGACCAACAGUACCAUGCCAAAUUGUGUGACUGGGGCCAAGAGAUAGACAUGCACUUGAACACUUCUAAUUGCCGUGGGCCAUGUUACAGAGAUCUGGCCUAUGUGUCACCUGAAGUCUUACAAGGUGCUGUUCCUUCUGUAAAGGCGGACAUAUAUAGUUUUGGGGUUCUGCUGUGGGAAACACUGAAUAGAAAGCGUCCAUGUGAAGGUAUUGAUCAGCUUCAGACCAAAUUAGAGCUUGGUUUUGAGGUUGACCUCCUGCCAGUAAUGACCCCUAAAAACCAUGCUCUUACCCAGCUCAUCGUUAGAUGCUUGAACAGUGAACCUCAAAAACGCCCAUCGGCUGAGGAGUGUGCAGCAGUUCUAAGGACAGCUUUAGCAGCAUUUGAUCCUCAGACUUUCACUGAAGAUGUUCUUCAUCUGAAAAAAUGCAAGGAGAGGAGGCUACUGAGCUGUAAAAUGCGCUCAUCCUGGGAGUUGCCUAUUGAGCUACAUAACCUAGAGCAGGACAAUAGUUGCAAAGGUCCCACAAAACAUUGGACCUCCAAGGUGAUUCCACAAAACGAAACUCUGCCAGUGUCUUCACUGAAGGCAAAAAGAAAGUCCUCUCUGCCAAUGGCAACAAGAGGUUGUCCUCAGAUUGGAUGCUUUAGGGAUACAGGAAAAAGUUCAGUCCAAUCCAGUAAUGCCUGCAGUGAUCAAGGUUUCACUCAGAUUAAUGGGCAUAGUGGAAUUUCCCAGAGACAGAGCCCCACAUCUUUAAGGUCCCCUACAACGCUGUUUCAGAGCACUCCACAACACAACGCUGGCAACCAGGUUAAAUGUGAACUGUCUGUGGGAAGGAGCUGUUGCCAACUUCUGCAAGAGAGACGAGAGGCUAUUGUUCGCUGCAUGACUGAAGGACGACUCAACAACCUACUUGACGUGUUACGGGCUAGACAUGCUGUGACCCGCGAGACAUAUGAGAUCAUCACUGCGGCCUUGACCUUGACCGCACGUACGCGCUGUUUGCUUGAUAUCUGCGCCUGUCUUGGUGAAAAUGUUGCUAUCUUGGUGGCCACAACUUUAGGUUUAGUAUCCACUCAAAAUACUCAAACCACCCAGAGGUGGCAGGCUGGUUAAAUUUGAUCAAAAAUGCCUCUAGAUUAGUGUUGUGCAAAGGCAUAAUGCAGUAACUACACACGAAACAAAUGAUAUCAGAUUGAUAUUAGAUUUGUAUAAUGUGUCAAGCUUAUGUUGAGAUUGUGUUCUUAUUUAGACAAGUCUGUAAGAGAUGAAGAGAGGUCAGACUCUCUGGAAGGGUAUGCUGCCAUGCAGUUUUAUUCUUUUUUUAAUCUAAAUAUAUCAUUAAAUUAACACCCAAUAAAAAGGGUACUGAUGACGUCAUUGUUUCUCAGUUCACAAACUAAAGGGAUUAUUCAAAUGACUUUGAACAUGAUAAUGUUCUGAGUAAUGGGCAAAUACAGAUUUGAUUACAUUCCUUUGGAGAGAAAAACAAAUCAACAGCACAAAAACAGAUAACUUUGAAAGGAACUUUUAAGAAAGGUAAGGCCAUUUCCCUUAAUCAUACAAAUCAACAGUGUUUGCAACUUUCACACUCAGUUGCUGUUAAUAAUAUUGAAACCGUUGCUCAGCCUAAUAUAUCAUAUUCUUUUGAUAGACUCAUCAAAUAUUUUACAUUUUUCUUACUAUAACCACAUUUAUCUUGUGUUUUUGUGUAUGUACUACACAUGUCCAAGGUUGCGUGAUGUUAGACAUACAAUUGUGCAUGUUGCACAAUAGACGCAGUAUUUUCUGAUUGUAGUGUAUCUUGCAACAAGACAUUAUUUGUAAUAGCAUUUAAUAUUAUUGAUUGGUGUCCUAUGCAUGUAGCACGGGAUGUAUAGAGCGCUAAUAUGAAUAAAAUAUUUAUGUAUGGAAAAAACAAAUAUGGUAUAAGAAAUGUCAUUAAAUGUUCACACUGUUUUGUGAUCUCUUUA